AUGUCGGUCUGGACUGUAAAUCGCUGGCGACUCGGCAUCAGCAGCUGGUCAACUCGGCCGAGAACCAUGAUCCCCAAGUUCAACCGACCCAGCCUCAGCAGUUCACUCUCGAGACAGUUCUCCUUCUCCGCCUUGAGACAAGCUUCACCUCGCAAUGAACACGCCCCGAAAAUCAACUUCUAUAGCAACUCGCACGUCCUCCGCUAUGCAGAAAUGGAAGCGGCCCCGUUCAGCCUUCGCCAACUCAUCUUUUUCGGGAAAGUUUUGGGUCGACAGGGCUCGAACGCGAAGGAAUUCGACCAUAAUCUUAUGCAAGGUGCCAACUUUACUCGGGUCCAACUUGCAAUUCGUUUGGCCCGUCAGAUUCGCGAAUUCCAAUCGUUACCCUAUAUCGUCACCUCGAACCCGUAUCUCACUGAAACUUACCAGAUAUACGCUGAGGCCUUUGAGAAAAUCAGAUCCUAUCCUGAGAUUCGCUGUCGACUCGAUAACCAGAAGUGGUGUCAAUUCUUGGAAAACCUGCUUAAUGAACAUAAAGUCGUCAUUCCUAAGCUUGCAAUUGGCGUGGCUGAAUCCCGGAGUCAUUUAACGAACUCGCAAAUCGAACAAUUCAUGACGAGGAUGCUAUACUCCCGCAUUUCACGCAGAGUUUUGGCGGAGCAUCACAUAGCUCUAACUCGACAAUUUCAGGCCGAUUCUCCUUCUGAACCUUCCUCCCACAACUUUCGAUAUCUAGGCGUCAUUGAUACUGAAUUGGAAGUCGGAACGGUUGUCGAAAGAUGUGUCGAACUUGCCCAGAGUGCUCUUAAUUUACCCAAUCCUCCCGGCUCUUCUUCCGAACCUCUCACGAUACAUGUGUACGGUGAAAAGAACGCUAAAUUUGCCUACAUCCCUGAUCAUCUUGAAUUUAUCGUAUUUGAACUGCUUCUUAAUGCAUUUCGAGCUACAGUAAGCUCAGCAGUCCAACGAUCGGUCAACCUUGCGAGUCUUCCUAUUGAAGUCCAAAUCGCAUCGUCUGCUACUCACAUUACGAUCCGGAUCUCAGAUCAAGCCGGUGGUAUCUUACCACCAUGGCGACCAUCAAUUCCAGACGAUGAUGACGAAACCCUGCCACCCACAGUAUCCAGACGUGAAAUGUUCAGCUUUGUUAACAUGGCGACAGCUAAUGCCAGUUUGAAGCAAUUGAUCAGCUCCACCGAUGGCACUAUGGAAGGUAAAGUUCGUGAACAAGUUGAUCAAGCCAAUGAUCAGUGUCACAUCCUUUCAUCAUCGUUGCCGUCCUCCGCUUCCCAUCCAACGAACACAAAAGGAUUCGAACAGAUUCAGGAAGCAAGACUCCGCAUCGGCCUUCCCCUUAGUUCAAUUUAUGCUCAGUUUUUAGGUGGCUCGUUGGAGAUGUAUUCUAUCCCUGGCUUCUCGGAUAUCGUGCUGUGUAUUCCUAAACUGGGGACGACCACUGAACCUUAUUGA